CUUUGAAGGCGAUUCUGUUCUGGAUGGUAAUGGUCGGGAGCCACCAGGACGUGUCGGCCGAUUGGUUCGCAAGUCCUUUAAAUAACUCGCUGCAGGCAAGAAACCAAACAAUUCAUGAGCACGGGAGAGGUCACAGGGAAGAGCAAAAUUCUGAAUCAAAUCAAGUUCAAGGUAGUGUCAAGAGCAUGAAGAAUGCCAAGACUUGGGCCAGCAAUGCAGACUCACCGAUCUGAUCGUUGGACAUGUAUGAGGGGCCAGGCGGAGUAACCUUCCGCUGGGAAUCUCUGCCCUUGCUAUUCUGAAGAGAAGAUCU